GUAAAUAAAUAAAUAAAUAAAGGCAAUGUUGGUGUGUGGGGGUUCAUUCAUCUGAGUUGGAGGGCACUAACGGCGAGAGCAGCAGAAAUGGCAUGGAGAGGACAGCUAUCCAAGAAUUUGAAGGAGCUUCGGAUCUUGUUCUGCCAAACCUCUCCUUCAAGCGCCCCCGCUAGGACGUUUGUGGAAAAGAAUUACAAGGACCUCAAGACUUUGAAUCCCAAAUUUCCUAUAUUGAUCCGCGAAUGCACUGGAGUCGAGCCGCAAUUAUGGGCUAGAUAUGAUAUGGGUGUUGAGAGGGUUGCUCGUUUAGAGGGUUUGAGCGAGGCACAGAUCUCCAAGGCACUCGAAGACCUAGUUAAAGUUGGGGCAUCCUGAAGGAGUAGUAAUCUGCUGUGCUAUUGUACUUGCAACAGACGUUAAUAAAUGCACGAGAGGAACUUCUGUGGAGAUGCUUUUCUGUUUACAUUCUAUUCGCUCUUUUUUUUGUUCUUUGAGAUUAUUGCUCAAAUACUCAGCUUGAGCAAUCAUGUUUCUGGGACGCAUGUCUUUGUUUAUAUAAAUAGUUUCUCCGGGAGGUAUUAUCAGAAGGAGAUUUCUCAUUUUUCCUAAAGGUGAAUUUAUCGCACUAGUAGUUUCCCGGAAUUAGACUUGGAGGAAAUUUAUUUUUCUUCUUUUUCCUAUGAAGGUUACGUUGUUGUUGAAUGGUUGGGCAGCAUUUAUGCAUCAGAUACUGUGUUCUUAUCUUCUAUGUGAAAUUUUUUGAUGUAA